AUGAGUUCCCUGGGAAGCUCCCAGCAAGAUGCACCAUCGGUGUUCCGCCUUCCUGAUUUUGUAUGGGAGAGCAUUAUCUGCCGAUUGCGGACCCAUCAUCGUGCAAAGCUGCGAGGUGCAUGCCGGAAGUUCAGGACACUUGUAAAUAAUACUGUUAAAAAAGUUAAGCUGGACCCCACCCACAGCGAAGACGCCCUUCACUGGCAGCUGCACAGUCGCUUUCCCUCCCUGGAGCAUGUGGAGGUCAUAAAGCCCUCAGAUGUGGACUGCUUCACGGACCAGACCUUUGCACAGCUGGCGCUCAAGGAUCUGUCCCGGCUGCCCGGCCUCACCAGCCUCAAUCUUGAACACUGCACCCAGCUGACGGUGGCGGGAAUGGCGGCACUAGCACUGGCUUGUCCGCAGGUGUGUCAGCUGUGUACGAGUGACGUCAUGCUGCUGGCGCUGGGGAGGUUGCCUGAUUUGGCCAAGCUGCGGCUGCAGUGCUGCAAACACUGCGACGAGGUUGCCCUAGCUUAUCUCUCCGACCUGAAGCGGCUGACUGCCUUGGAGCUGGAGGACUAUGGGCAGGCUCUACGGCAGGUUCUAAACAAGAUCUACGAGGGCAAGACUGCGUUAUUAAACUGGGUCACCGGCAUGACGGGGCUCACACACGUGGACAUUCAGCGAGUGGACGUGAGCGGCGAGGAGCUGCAGCGCUUCACCGCCCUUACGGGGCUGGUGCACUUGGGAGUGGGGGACCUCAAUUUGGAGUGUAGCGGCCGGGGGGGAGAGCUGGAUCACCCCCUUCCGCUCCUCUCCGUGACGAAACUUGUCAGCCACAACAUCCUGUACGAGGCGCAUCUCCGUACGACAUUCCCCUCCCUGCGGGCCUUAUCAUGUGACUCUACGGACAGCAGCCUCAAGAACAUAGCGGAGAUUACCAGCCUGGUCAAUUUGUUCCUUUGGGACAACCCCGUUGAUUCCAUCUCCGACGUGGGUCUGGCGGGACUGAGCGGUUUGCGGCGGCUGGAGACGUUCCGUCUGGAGGGCAGCGGGGCAGUGACCGACAGCGGCUGGGUGGACUUCACAUCGGCACACAGCGCCCUCACCAAGAUCGACCUUGCCAAGUGUCCCAACAUAACUGACAUUGGCUUUAUCUUGUCCAUUCGGAACCUCUCACGUCUGGAGCGCGUGUCCUUUACGGAGUGCCCCCUCAUCGACACCAGGACCCUGGCGGCGCUGCUGGCCUUCUGUCCCAAACUUGAGCUCUUGGAGCUGCAGGACUGUGAUUCCGUAUCACUGGCCUCGCUCCGAAACCUGCUGUCGACCGCCUCUCAUCCGGAUCUAGAGCUGGUGUACCGCAAGGGCCGAUCCAUGCGGACGAUGCAUUGCUGCCGGUGACAUGAC